GGGGGGACGGGGGGGAUGAAGGCUGCAGUGCUCGCCAUGGGGCCGACGGGUUUCGGGGUGCUGGGGGCGAUGGGGCUGGCGCUGAGCUGCGGGGCAGCAGGCGCCUUCGUGGUGCACGUGGCCAGCUCCUGCCCGCUGACAGCCAACGGCUCCCUGGGGGGCUUCGACCUCACCGUGGCCUUCAACAAGAACCCCCUGGUGUGCUACGACCCCGACGCCCACAUCUUCUACCCCUGUGACGGGGGGCUGCUACACGGCGUUGCCACUUUUGUCGCCUUCAUCCUAAAUUAUAAUGCCACGUGGGUGCAGCGUGCAGAGGCGCGCAGACAGGCGUGCACUGAGCUGGCUGCACAGUUCUGGGCACAGACUGCACUGCGGAGGACACCACCCCAGGUCCGCAUCGUCCCCAUCCGCAUCUCCAACGACCCCGACACCGUCCGCCUCAUCUGCCACGUCUGGGGCUUCUUCCCACCCGCAGUGACCAUCCAGUGGCUGCAAAACGGCCUCGUGUUGGCCUCGGAUGACACCGAACUGCUGCCCAACGGCGACUGGACCUACAGGACACAGACAACGCUGAGGGCCAGCACUGCGGCAGGGAGCACCUACACAUGCUCAGUGUGGCACUCCAGCCUGGAGCAGCCGCUGCAGGUGGACUGGAGUCCCAAUUUGUCUCCGGGAAUGAUGGCGCAGGUGGCAGUGGCGGCCAUGGCGCUGACCUUGGGGUUGGUGGCAUUCAGCGCUGGGGUUUUCAGCUUCUGUCAGCGGCCACAGGGUGACGGAUGGGGACACAGUGCUGGGGAUGUGUGUGACACCAAGGCUCUGUUGUCCAGCGUGGGGUGUCCCUCCUCAUUCAUCAUCUUCUGUGUGGCAGGUCCUGAUGCUGGUUCCAGUCCCCAUCCUGAUGCGGGUUCUGAUUCCAGUCCUGGUCCUCAAAAUGAUCCCCGUCCAAGUUCUGGUCCCCAUCCUGGUCCUGGUCCUCAUUCUGGUUCUGGUCCCCAUCCCGGUCCUGGUCCUCAUUCUGGUUCUGGUCCCCAUCCUGGUCCUGGUCCUCAUUCUGGUUCUGGUCCCAGUCCUGGUCCUGGUCCUCAUUCUGCUUCUGACCCCCACCCCGGUCCUGGUCCCCAUCCCAGUCCUGGUCCCGGUCCUGGCUCUACUCCUGGUCCCUAUCCCUGACCCUGGUCCAGGUUCCCAUCCCGAUGCCAGUCCCAGUCGUGGUCCCCAUCCUGGUCCUGUUCCCCAGUUUGGGACCUCAAUGACCGGAACUCCCAUGUCCCAGCAUGGGGACCCCCAAUUUGGGGUGAGGGGUUCUCACCCCCCAAUAAAACCAUCUGCAACCCCA